GUACUAUCGGUAGACUCGCCUCAGGUAUAUUUUUUAAUACAAACCAAACCAAUAAAAACAGACCCAAUUCUGUUUUGUCGUUCUUUACUUACAGCAAACGGUACUGACAGACGUUUUUAAAAAUUUGCACGGUAAAUUAGAAGUCCAAUUCAAAUAACGACAGAUAUACCGCCGUGCGAUCAAAGAUAAAGGUAAAAAGGAAAAGAAGUGAUACCUGGAACAGACGAUAUUCACCUGUCCCGAGAACCAGAGUCGUUGGAAACUUCAUUUUUACCUACCAAUGGACCUCAUAGAAACUCUUAAGUCCUUAUGGUCGUGGUUAAUUCACAAGAAGAAGUGUCCACGUUCGGCAAGUUUCCCUGACGCAUCUUCCAAUUUGCCAGAUGCAUCAAAUAUUUCCUAUUCGCGGGCGUUUCUCAAUCAACCAAAUGUAGAGGAAGAAUUUUCAACAAAUUGUCAGCCACUAUGGCGGAUGAGGGUCUGGAAAAAUUACAUUUUCGUCAGUGGAGACGAUAACAGCAUCAAACGUAUAGAUCCAGCAACGCAUAUUUGCGAAGAUGAAAAGGAGACAAUUUCAGGAAAUUCCCCCGAUGACUUCGAUGUAACAGUCUCAGGAAGAUUUAUUUACGUUGACUGGCAAGAACGAAAGGUCUGUCGUCUGCUGGGCAACAGUACAACGGAGGAAAUUUUGAAGUUGAGAGGAUGGAAACCAUGGGGAAUUUGCAGUUCAAUAUCGGGCGACAUCUUGGUUGCCAUGCGCUCAGACGAUACAAAACAAGCGCGAGUAGUAGGUUUCCGGGAAGCAAAGAAGACGAGAGAGUAUAAAUUGGACCAAAAAGGGUAUCCAUUGUAUGAUUCCCCGGCGUUCGUUGCGGAAAAUCGAAAUCAAGACGUCUGCGUCUCAGACGUCCAUCACAACCGCGUGACUGUUGUUGACGUCAGAGGGACUUUAAAAUUCCACUACCACGGUAAGCAAGCCGCAGCUAUGUACCCAACGUUUUACCCAAAAGGCAUCGCCACGAAUAGCCAGGCUAACAUCUUGAUCGCUGACCAAGAAAACAACUGUGUUCACAUUCUGGAUCCCAUUGGUCAGUUGGUUAGUUUCGUAUCGACGGGAUGUUCUCUGAUGGAGCCUUACUGCCUCGGUGUUGGAAGCGAAGAUGAGCUGUACGUCGGAGAGUAUCAUCAAGGAAAGGUCAAGAAAAUUAGAUAUCUACAGUGAGAUUUCACAAAAAUGCAACUAUCACUAUGACUAUGUUUGUGUAAAAUAUUUUGAAUCUGAGACAUGAUGUGUCUUAAUUAAAAUUUUAAGGCUAUAUUUACCUCUUUUUGACAGAGAGCUAUUUAUAGAAAUAUAGGAAAACGUUUUUUAAAACCAACAUACUAGGAAUUUGUUAAAACUGUAAAUUAGUUUAUGGCCUAAAACAUAUAAGAGAUAUAAAAGCAGAUCUGGUGUGUAAUUAGUAGAUCACUCAGCUUCCCCAACUCCUUAACCGUUUCAAAUGCUGCAAUGAUUAUUUUUAGGACGUGCAAUUAGAUUUUGAACGAGAGAGGACAGACUAACUGUUUUGAAAUCAUUCCUUAUUUGUAAAUGUUUCCUGUGUGAUUUAUACAUGUACCAAUGUCAAUAAAUGUAUUUUCCUUUAAAAAUAAAUAAAAUUGAAGGUAAAUCGAUUUCUAUGUGAUUUCUACGUGAUAUAUAAAAGUUCGCAUUGUGCGUUUGUAUUCUUAGUAUUCCAAAUCAUUAACUGUUUAAAAUGCAUACUU